AUGGACUCUCCCUCGACGAGGCCGCAGCUCGCCUCGAGCGAGAUGGACCUAACAAGUUUGACUGUUGUUCUUGUCCUCGUCAUGAUACUCUCAUUUUGUAUCGAUGACUACAUUGAAGGCAGCGUUGUCGCUGCCGUCAUCCUCUUCAACAUUGUUGUUGGCUUCCAACAAGAUUACAAGGCCGAGAGCCAGAUGCAGCAGCUGCUAAGUCUCGCCUCGCCGACUUGCCGCGUAAUCCGUGAAGGCCAAGUGCAAGAAGUGAAGAGUGAAAUCAUCGUAGUGGGCGACGUUAUCUGUAUCUCCGUUGGAGACAUCGUCGCCGCUGAUGCACGUCUUCUGGAUGGAAUCAAUUUGUCCGCCGAAGAAGCCAACCUGACUGGUGAAUCUGUGCCAAUAAGCAAGCAUGCCGAAAGGGUGCUUGAUGCGGAAGAUGUCCCAUUGGGCGAUCGCAUCAACAUGAUUUAUUCGAGUACCGCCAUUACGCGCGGUCGCGGUACCGCCGUCGUGACCAGCACUGGUAUGUCUACUGAAGUCGGAAAGAUUGCUGGCAUGUUGCGAUCAAAGAAGACUGUGGACGCUGGUACUCCCCUGUCUCGAAGGGCUGCCCUCUGGUUCAAGGCCAAGGGCCGAAGCGUUCUUGGUUUCGAUGGCACGCCUCUUCAGACUAAGCUGAGCAUUUUUGCGCUCAUGCUCUUUGCUUUCGCCAUUGUUCUCGUUCUCAUUGUCUUCGCCACUGCCAAGUUUGACGUCAAGGGCCAAACCCUGCUCUACGGUAUCUGCGUCGGUGUCGCCGUGAUUCCGGAGUCUCUCAUCGCUGUGCUGACUCUCACAUUCACCGUCGCCGCUCGCGCCAUGAGCAGAGGUAACGUCAUUGUCCGAAACAAGGCCGCUUUGCAAGCCGUCGGCGGUGUAACAAACAUCUGCUCUGACAAGACGGGUACUUUGACUCAAGGCCGCAUGGUGAUGCGAAAGGCUUGGCUCCCCGAUGAUACUGAGAUUUUUGUAAAGGAUACCAUGGAUCCUUACGACCCUUUCAGCGGCAAGGUUAGCUGGAGCUCCGCGAGCGCCACCUCGAGCUCGCGAUCCACCCCAACGAUUGAGAAAGCACCAGAGCGCCCCGAUUGUUCCGAGUUUAACACUUUCUUGGAUGCGAUUGCCCUCUGCAACAAUGCAACGGUCUCGGAUGGCAAGAAUGCUGCCGAUGAUAGCGCUUCUGUGACAACGGCAGCGCUGCCCACCUCUUGGCUUGCCGUUGGUGAGCCUACAGAGAUCGCCCUUCAGGUUUUCGCCACCCGCUUUGGACGCAGCAAGCCCGAACUACUCCAGGGCAAAAUUGGUCGUCUGUUGACCGAAUUCCCGUUUGACUCUUCGUGUAAACGAAUGAGCGUAGUGUAUGAGCACUCUACCGGUACACGCAUGUUUGCCAAGGGUGCUCCCGAGGCCAUCUUGCCCCUUCUUUCGGAAACGGAUGAAGUCAAGGCACUCGUCAUGGCUAAGGCCGACGAGUUGGCCUCGGAGGGAUUCCGAGUUCUCUGUGUCGCGCAUAAGCCUAUGGAAGCUAGUGGCUCCAUUGGCGAAAGAGCGGAUGCCGAAUGUGUCUCGGUUCACAUGGUCACUGGCGAUCACAUCAAAACUGCCACGUCGAUCGCUUUCGAAGUUGGCAUUCUGUCCAAGGAUCUUCCUCCAGAGGAGGUUCGAGCCCUUGUUAUGGCGGCUUCUGAUUUCGACAAGCUGACGGAUGCCGAAAUUGACGCCAUGAAAUCACUUCCUUUGGUUAUCGCUCGAUGCAGCCCCAUGACCAAGGUUAGAAUGAUUGAGGCCAUGCGCCGACGAAAGGCUUUCUGUGUCAUGACCGGUGAUGGUGUCAACGACUCUCCCGCUCUGAAACAAGCCGACAUCGGUAUUGCUAUGGGUCUUCGUGGCAGCGACGUUGCCAAGGAGGCGUCCGACAUGGUUCUAACUGAUGACAACUUUGCCUCUAUCGUCACCGCCAUCAAGGAGGGCCGAAGGCUCUUCGACAAUGUCCAAAAGUUCCUUCUCCAUCUCUUGAUUUCCAACAUCGCGCAGGUUAUCCUGCUUCUCAUCGGCCUUGCUUUCAAGGAUAACGAGGGAAGCUCUGUUUUCCCCUUCCGUGGCGGUGUUUUCACCAUGGAUUUGAUCCGGGACAAGAUGAUUUACGGGUUCUACAUGGGCAGUCUCUGUCUCGCAGCAUUCACCUCCGUCGCCUACGGCGUUGCUGGCCCCAAUCAACUUGGUGAGGGUUGCAAUGAUGGCUACAACGAUAGCUGCGCAGUCGUCUUCCGGGCUCGGUCAACCACCUAUGCAACAUUGAGCUUCCUGCUCCUCGUCACGGCCUGGGAAGCCAAGCAUUUCACUCGAAGCCUGUUCGCCAUGAACCCAGAGCUCUGGACUGGUCCUACCUCUGUUUUCAAGACCGUGUGGAGGAACAGAACUCUCUUCUGGGCUGUUGUUGUCGGGUUCCUCUCGACGUUCCCCGUCAUUUACAUCCCAGUAGUCAACCGCGCUGUUUUCAAGCACGACAUGAUUACUUGGGAAUGGGGUAUUGUCGCCGCAUGUGUGGUGACUUAUCUUGCCCUCGUCGAGGCAUGGAAAGCUGUCAAGAGGAGGUUCGGGCUUGGCAUCCCCGAUAGAGUAAGCUCAGGUGUCAAGCAGGACGCUUAA